CGCUGCUCGGUUUCACGACACCCUGUUGCGGAGCUCUCUUACGUGUGUGAGGUCAGAGGUCAAACAGCCGCAGACAUGACAACGUUGCGACCCUUCACCUGCGACGAUCUGUUCAAAUUCAACAACAUAAACCUGGAUCCUCUGACAGAAACCUACGGGAUCCCGUUUUACCUGCAGUACCUCGCUCACUGGCCGGAGUACUUCAUCGUGGCAGAGGCUCCUGGUGGUGAACUGAUGGGCUACAUCAUGGGGAAGGCGGAGGGAUCUGUGGCUCGUGAGGAGUGGCACGGCCACGUCACCGCCCUGUCUGUCGCUCCAGAGUUCAGGCGACUCGGCCUCGCAGCCAAACUGAUGGAGAUGCUGGAGGAGAUCUCUGACAGGAAAGGUGGAUUCUUUGUUGACCUCUUCGUGCGAGUCUCCAACCAAGUGGCGGUGAACAUGUACAAACGUCUGGGCUACAGCGUCUAUAGGACGGUGAUAGAAUAUUACUCUGCGAGCAAUGGAGAACCUGACGAAGACGCUUACGAUAUGAGGAAAGCUCUGUCCAGGGACACGGAGAAGAAGUCAAUCAUCCCGCUGCCACAUCCCGUCAGACCAGAAGACAUCGAAUAACAGUGGAGUGUGGCCCUCUGACGCUCGGCUCCGCUCGUCCUCACUUGAAAUGUGUCGUCAACCUCCCAACCUGCGUCCGACUGGUGGGAAAUCAGGGAGAGCAAGUCAUCUUUUUAGAUUCAGUCCUAAACUAAACGACAUGCGUGCCACAGACUUUAUGUACGUAAGGCCAGAACAAGAGGGAUUGAGUCGUAGGGUCCUUGUUGGACGAGGAGUGGCGUGAUGUGGUCAGUGGGUUUGGUGCAGGUGAUGACGCCAGCAGCAGAGUCUUGGAUGGAGUUUAUUUGGAAUACUUGUGAGAACAUUUAAAAAUUAAACCUUAAAUGUGGGCUUCUUGUUGUUCUAUUACUAUUUAUACUGUCAUGAGGGAACAAGGGGAGGGUUGGCACCUUUGACAUAGGUUUGUAGCCCGCCGUUUAAAUCAAAGAAGAAGAAAGGGAGGGUCCUAGAUUGAAACCAGGCUUUUGUUAUCCAGUGAUGUGCUGUUGGCACCAGGGGGUUCCAGGUGGUUCCAGGGGGUUCCAGGUGGUUCCAGGGGGUUCCAGGGGGUUCCAGGUUGGUCUGGAGACGCUGUGCAGCUUUCAGCAGACACCUUCUUUAGGAAGAUGUGACCGGGUGUUGUCACUUCCUGAUUCCACCUGAAGCUCCAUGUUUAUGUCCCACGUGGGGGGGAGUGUUGUCGGCAGAUUUAUCGAGAUAAGUCAACUCACGUUUGUGCUUAAGGAUGUCUUCUUAAAAAUAAAUUGUUGUGUGCUUUCCUAUAAAGUCGUUUUUAAUGAGUUCACAUGUGCGAGCCUAAUUAAGAAGUACAGGUGGUUCUGCUACAGUUUUCACUUCACUCCUGGUUCCCAUCCGCCCACGACGCCAGAGCAUCGACCCACUGGAGGAGCCUGGCAUCAACGCCCCGUCCAGGCGGCUCGCAGAGGAGCAGGUGGGCUCAGGUGGGCUGAUGGCGAGCAGCCGGCCAGGGAAGGUAAAUUAGCUGAGAGGGAACACAGCAGGGUGUGGAUGUGACCACUAGAUGGCGCUGUUUGAAGGGAACAGCUCAGUGAGGAAGAGAAUCAUUCAAACCACAAACUAAAUCAUUGCAAACUUCGAAUGUCACUCAGUAGAGUUCGGACCUGCACCGAGGACCAACAACAUUUAAAUUCACUACAUCCACAUUUUUAUUUGGAACUGCUCUGAAUCACACACGGGGGCGUGGAGUAGUGAGUGUGUAUGUGUGUGCAUGACAGGGCAUAGUGUGUAGUGAUGUGUGUAGUUGGGUGUUGGUAUAAACGUUAUUAAACAAAAGUGGGGGAUCAGAGGAAUUAUGGGGAGGUGGGGGAUGUGAGGGAUAAGUAAGUGUGUGUGUGUGUGUGUGUGUUUUCCUCAUUGCGUGACAGGACGUUUUUCACCGUUUCAUAAUUUCUCAGAAUUAUUCAUGGCUCUUAAUGAAAAGGACAAAUAUUUGUGUGUGUGUGAAUUUGGAUGAGGUCUAAUAUGUUCUGUCAAUCAAUCAUCAAACAUCCAACAUAUCAAAACAUGACGUCUUUAACUGAGCUAAUUAUAGAAUUUACUCAUUUGACCACGAGUUGAUUUGUUUGAGGGAAGUAUUUGCUCAUGUUGUGAGUUUCAUGCUUUGUGAGCGUUGUUGUGUCAUUUUACCACAUUGUGUUUUCUGUCAUGUCAGCGUGAACAAUAAACGAACUAAACUGUUUAAACUGUU